AGCAUUUCUAUUUGUUAGGGUGCGGUCCCAUGGACUGAUAUUUUCCGCGUAACGCGUAUCGCGUAACCAAUCAGAAACGUUCCGCGUUUUCUGUUACGCUCGUUUUCAAAAGUUGCGUAGUACGCGAGUUUGCGCGACUUAUGUGAGCGUGGUAUGGCGUGGUACUCAGGCGACAUGGAGGCAUCUCAAAUAAAAUGUGGUUAUUGUAGUUGGCUGCUAGCAUAUCAUUGUAAAAAUAUAUUGGAACAUGAAUGUUUUAAAGAAUACAAUGAAAAUGUUCAUGCUUUGAACAUCGACGAAAAUAAUGUAGCUACUAUUGUGAACAAAUUUGAUGAAGAUGACCUAUUGUCUCAAGAUACAGACUGCAAUGAACUAUCAUCUCAGAGUUUAAAUACAGACUUUGAUGAACGUUUAAUAACGGCAGUACUAGAUAGACCACCAUUAUAUGAUCAUCGAUUAAAUGUUAAAGAAAGAUCUAAACUAAAAAAGGCAGCAUUGUGGGAGGAAGUAAGAAAUGCCAUUAAUAGUAACAUUAGUACAAAAGAAUUACAAAAGAAAUGGAAGUAUCAUCGUGAUUGUUAUAUUCGCGCAAGAAAAAAAGGAAAACAGUAUGUUCCAAGUGGAUCUAGUGCAGCUUCAACAGAUGUAAGAAGUACUUAUAGAUUUUUUGAUCUAAUGAGACCCUUGGACGAUACAUUUCAGACUACAUCAACAAUAAGCACAUUGAUAAAGAGCACACCUGAAAAAAUAUCUGUAAAGGAAAAAGAAAAAAGAAGUAAGGACUUAUCCGAUUGUUCAGAUGUUGAGUCAGAAAUAUGUUCUGAACCGUCAACUUCAUUUCAAAAUUUUGAUAAUACUUCAUCAUUAACUUCAACAUCAACUUCAUCAGCUAAAAAACAACGAAGGAUUAAUCACAAGGGUGAUCAAUCACAACAGUUACAAAGUGCUUUAUUAGAUAUUAUAAAGAUGCCUAUUACAGAAGUUGAUCCUGUUGAUGGAUUUUUAAAAACUUUAGGAGAAACUUUACAUCGUUUGUCAUAUAAAAAGAGAGUUAUGAUGCAAAUUGAAUUUCUUAAAAUGGCUACAGCAGCAGAGUUUGAAAACAAUGAAGAAAUUUAAUAGCAUACGUUAUUAAAGAUAUUGAAGAAAGUAAAAAGUGAUUAAAAAUAUUAAUAAGUUAUUAAAGUCAUUAAAAAGAUUAAUAAG